UCAGACUAGUUAUAAAAGGGACAAUCCUCUUGGAAUCUGUCUCUCAAAUCUCUCAACCCUCCUUCCUUUUCUUCUUCUUCAACCCAAAAUGUCAUCCAAUUCAAUUUCACCUCAAAAUCUAUUAGUAGUAGACAAUUCAUUUCUUCCCUACAACAAACCCAAAUCACAAUCUAAUUAUAAUAAAUAUGCAAAUGAUUACAUAUUAGCCUUCUUCUCUUCCCUAUUAUUCCUUCUCUCUAUUUUCAUUAUCUUUAUUUCCAUCUUCAAAAACCUCUCUUUGCCAUCUCUCUUCAACAGCACCAUUUUCUGGUUCUUCAUUUCCAACACUCUCAUCUUUAUCAUUGCUGUUGAUUAUGGUGUUUUCUCUCUCCCCCAACACAAAAGUUUCCAUCUUUAUGAAGAUUUCUCACCAUCCAACCCAAAGUUAAAUCAUUUUCGACUUCCAAGCUCUUCACUGGUAGUAUUUGAUGAAAAGAAAGAAACCACACGUGAGAAACUGGAACUUGUGGUUCAAGGUCGACAACUCGAUUCUCCAUGGAAGAUGACUCCGGCGAGAACUUGCCGGCGGAGGAAGUCGGAGAAACCAAAAGGAAUUGUGUCAAAGGAGAGCAACAAAAUGAUGGGGAAGAGAUCAGAAAGUGUAAAGUAUGAAGCAAAAGAAUUAGAAGAAAAUGAGUUUGAAAAGAUGACAGAUGAAGAAUUGAAUAGAAGAGUGGAGGAGUUUAUUCAAAGAUUUAAUAGACAGAUGAGACUUCAAACUAAAAUCAACUGAAUUAAUGUCUUUUUUAAAAAAAAAGGGCCAUGAAGGUUUAGUUUUAGAAUAAUAAUAAUAAUAAUGAGGAGUCGAAAUGUUUUGUUGUUUGUGGCCGACCUAUAUUUUGUUUUUUUAAGUUUUGUUUGUGUCUGUAAAUUAUAGGCUGUAUUGAGACUUCCUUGAGAUCUGUCUUUUCUUUUUUUUCCAUUGUUCUUUUGCUAAAAGUUAAGAGGCUUUUGACUUGCUUUCUUUUUUGUGUUAAAAAUAAAAUUUGUUAAA